CACAAAAACAAAAGAAAAUUAAUCACCCGCAAUAUCCACAGCGCCUCAAGACACAACCACAAUGCAGCCAUGAUCGCCUCCUUCCUUCCCCUCCCCUCCUCCCUCUCCCUUCUCCUCCCCGCAACCACCUCCGGCCGCUCCUUCGCGCCCUACACCAGUAGCACCAACCCUUUCCCACGAGCCCCACUCCGCCUCCGCCGCCGCCAGAUCUACGCCUCCGCGCCGACGGAGAGCAGCAGCGAAGGCGAGCAGCGGGGGAGCACGAACGGGUCGCUGCCGGGCCUGCCUCCCGUGGAGGAGGACGACGAGGUCUGCCCGGUGGAGUGCGUGACGGAGUUCAAGACGGACGAGGAGUUCACCCGCUUCCUGGAGCGGUCGAGGGCGACGGGCGCGCUGGUGGUUGUGGACUUCUUCCGGCCGUCGUGCGGCAGCUGCAAGUACAUCGAGCAGGGCUUCAUGAAGCUCUGCAAGGGCUCCGGCGACCACGGCUCCCCCGUCAUCUUCCUCAAGCACAACGUUAUCGACGAGUACGACGAGCAGUCGGAGGUGGCAGAGCGGCUGCGCAUCAAGGUGGUUCCGCUGUUCCAUUUCUACAAGGACGCCGUCUUGGUGGAGUCGUUCGCCACCAGGGAUAAGGAGAGGAUCAUCGCCACAAUUACCAAGUACACCUCACCCGACGGAUUGCAUUCACCUUGCAGGCAGGAGGAACCGCAGGAGUAAUCUCCACUUCAACCUGGAGACAUCAAGUGACCAAGAGCUAGUGUCGUCUGAAUCAAAGAUUGCGGUCAUGCUGUGGAAACGAAUGGCCUCUGGCUCUCUGCAAAUGCUAAAACGAACGUGUAUUGUAAUAGUAGGAAAUGACGAUUGAGGUUUGGAAUUAAGCAGCCUGUCGUGAAAUUCUGCAGAGAUGUACAGUGAAGAUCUUGAGUUAAUAAAAUCGGAUUUUCACAUGUUGCAA